GCUCGUACUUUGCUGUUUGUUUUCAAAUUUUCAUUCGUCGCCACAAAGCCCAACACAUUCGUCGUACAGGUCGCAUCGCCAACGGAAAUUCUGGGACUGAGAAGACAGCCAUCUGCUCUUUUAUUUCGGAUUUUGUUAAAUUUUCUAUCGUUUCCGCUGUAUCGACGUCGUUGAGUUGGAAUUCCGGAGCAGCUGGUGAAUAUAAAGGACACUCUACCGAUAUGACGAGAACCAAAACACGACGCUUGGUCAGCCAAAAGCGGGGCUCCGCAGACGAACGGACCCGCAUCGAAAACAAAAUGCGCGACUUCGAAGUCAAUGUUGAAUGUGAGCUGGCAAAUCUUGAGCUUAAAUUCCGCGAUGAAAUGGAUCGGGUGCAACGGUUGGUCGAUGCUCUCAAAACACGAAUCCCGAAGAAGUUUCUCUGCAUGACUAUUGACCAGAUCAGAGAAUAUAACGAAGAAGCCGAAAAGAUUGAUGCUUCUUUCUACGGAGACCGCACUGCCGCUUUGGCCAAUUUGAGUAUCAUGUUGGAAAAGUCCGUUCGUAAGAAAUCCAAGGAUGACGGUUACCUUACAGAAGAAAGCGAACAUGAUCGACUUUCAACCAUUUCGUCGACAUCCAAACGCAUGGGACCACUUAUGUCUGCUAAAUAUCGUCGCCGGAGCAAAUCAACGGGUGCCAUCAACACUUCCGUCGUCAGCAAAAGCCUUUUCCACAGCACAUCCACCGUGGUGGACCGAUCCAUACUGGGAAAGACUUUGGGUACCAGUCUGGUCGCAAAAGAUCGCACUUCAAGAGCCAAGAUUCGCACUCCAAUGACAAAUGCUCGCAAAGCUAUCAGUGUCGAUAGAAUCUAUGGGGCGAUUACUCCAAAAGUACAGCCCAACGCACCGUUGGCCCUUAUCCGCCAUGCUCGUCUGGGUGAACCAGUGUACUCCAUUACCGGAAGUCCUGUUAUCACAUCGAACAUACUCGAAGCAACGGCAAACGUGAAUAUUCCGAUCGAGAAUGGAAUGCUCUCGAUUCGCCCAACGGAAAUGGAUUCCGUCGAUCCUACUCUGGUGCGGAAGAUUGAUCCCAAUGUAUUAGCUGAACUGAAGCAGUUGCAGGACAAUCUCAACGUUAUUAUGAGAUCUCUAAAACUGUAAGGAAUUCUACAUCUUACCCAACAGUAGUCAUUAUAUUUUGGAUUUAUUUAGUUGACAAUGGUAAGAUAAUUUCUUUUUUACAUAUUAUUUUUAAUAACGAUUUUGUAUGAUUUAUUUCAAUA